AUGCAGGCGUGGUUGUUGGUGGCGUGCGCGGCUGCGCUUGCGACCCUUGCAGUAGCACAGAAACCUGGACGUUUCCUCUCCCUCCCCAACCCCCAGAAAUGCGCUAGCAGACCAAAAGAGUUCUUCUACCGAGGUCACAACUAUUUCUACAGCGGCCACGUGCCCGCCCUCGCCAACAGGAAGGUAGACUGGUUAGAUGGCCGUAACAUCUGCCGCGAAUACUGCAUGGACCUGGUCUCCAUGGAGACGCAAGAAGAAAACAAUCUAAUCUUCAAACUCAUUCAGCAAAAUGACGUGCCCUACAUCUGGACGUCGGGUCGCCUCUGUGACUUCAAAGGUUGCGAAAACCGCAAGGACCUCGAGCCCAAGAACGUCUUCGGAUGGUUCUGGUCCGCAAACCGUGAAAAGCUGUCUCCUACCACCCAGAUCCCCAACGGCUGGGGCUACAACCCUUGGUCUCAGACUGGCCACAAGAAGCAACGUCAGCCUGACAACGCGGAGUUUGAUAUCAACGGCACCUCAGAGUCUUGCCUCAGUAUCCUGAACAAUGUGUACAAUGACGGUAUUGCGUGGCACGAUGUUGCUUGCUACCACGAGAAGCCCAUCGUCUGCGAGGACUCUGACGAGCUCCUCAACUACGUAGCUAGCACCAACCCCGGUCUCCGUCUGUGA